CCUGUGUGGAGGAAGAAGUGAUCGCUUCUCUCUCUCCUCCUCUCAGCUGCUGUCUCUCUCUCUUCUGUUCCUCCCUCAUCCCCUCGUUCUGCCCCGGAUAGAAGUUGCGCUCCUCGGAUCCACCGGAGAGUCCCGCAGCGUGUCCCCGUGAGGAGGGCGAUCUGCCCCCGGAGGAGCCGGGACUCGCACCCGGAGAAGAGCCCACACGGAGGUGACGGCCUGUUGUUUCCCUCUGAGCUGCGUCCAGGAACCUGUUGACUGACAAACACAAAAUGUCUCCGUCUGACGUCAGCUUGCUGCUCCUCAGCCUCCUGCUCCUCUUCACCACGGUCUGGAGCCAGCAGGUUCCCGUUAACUGUGUGAUCAAGCAGGAGCAGGAGAGCUGUCAGGAGAAGAUGGCCUCCGACGAUCCCGGGAACGAUCCAGAGUUUGGCUGUCCGUGGAUGUGGGACAACCUGACGUGUUGGAGGCCGGCGAGGAUCGGUGAGGUGGUGGAGGUCAACUGUCCCGACCUCUUCACACAGUUCAUGAGCGGCGAAGACUUCGAGGUGGGGACGGUGAGUCGCAACUGCAGCGAGUUCGGCUGGUCUGAGACCAUCCCUCACUACAUCGACGCCUGCCUGUACGAGGAGGGGAACAGCACCCACCCGGACAUGUAUUACGUGUCGGUGAAGGCUCUGUACACCGUGGGCUACAGCGUCUCUCUGGUGUCCCUCACCACAGCCAUGGUGAUCCUGUGCAGGUUCAGGAAGCUGCACUGCACCAGGAACUUCAUCCACAUGAACCUGUUCGUGUCCUUCAUGCUGAGGGCCAUUUCCGUCUUCAUCAAAGACGGCGUGUUGUACGCCAAAGAGGACAGCGAGCACUGCUUCAUCCACACGCUGGAGUGUCGAGCCGUGAUGAUCUUCUUCCACUACUGCGUCCUCUCCAACUACUUCUGGCUCUUCAUCGAGGGCCUGUACCUCUUCACGCUGCUGGUGGAGACCUUCUUCCCCGAGAAGAGAUACUUCUACUGGUACAUCAUCAUCGGCUGGGGCGGGCCGACCGUGUGCGUGACCGUCUGGGCCGUGCUGCGGCUGCACUUCGAUCACAUCGGCUGCUGGGACAUGAAUGACAACGCUGCCAUCUGGUGGGUGAUAAAGGGACCUGUGCUGGCCUCCAUCAUGAUAAACUUUGUUCUCUUCAUCGGAAUCAUCGUGAUCCUGGUGCAGAAGCUCCAGUCUCCAGACAUCGGAGGAAACGAGUCCAGUAUUUACCUGAGGCUGGCUCGCUCCACUCUGCUGCUGAUCCCUCUGUUUGGGAUCCACUACACUGUGUUCGCCUUCUCCCCGGAGAACGUGAGCAAGCGGGAGCGUCUGGUGUUUGAACUCGGACUGGGAUCCUUCCAGGGUUUCGUGGUGGCCGUCCUCUACUGCUUCCUGAAUGGAGAGUAUAUCCCUCAAGGUGCAAUCGGAGAUCAAGAGGAAAUGGCGCAGCUGGACGGUGAACAGGUACUUUGCUGUGGACCUGAAGCACCGGCAUCCCUCGCUGGCGAGCAGUGGGGUGAACGGGGGGACGCAGCUGUCCAUCCUCAGCAAGAGCAGCUCGCAGAUCCGCAUGUCCAGCCUGCAGGCCGAGCUCCCGGCCACCUGAGCGCCGCCGCCGCCACACCCCCCACCCUCGUCCCGAUGACCAGCCUCACCGACCCGUUCCUCAACCCGUACCCCAACCCGUACCCGGACGACACCACCAUGGAAACUGACCAGGUCUGACCGGCCUCGACCCCGAACCACGACUGAACCCGAACGUCAGCCGCCAAAUAACCAGACACUUCACGUCCUGACCUCUGACCUCUUACCCGGCUGGAGGGAAACCAACUCCUCCAGAAGGACGUGACUGAGGAAUCAAUCCAGCGUCUUGUUGGGCUGAACCGUGCUCGCUCCUCUGUACAUAACGUGUUCGUGUUGACAUCGUCUGGUGCUACAGUGUCGGCUGCUGCUGGUGUGGGGACCAGUGUCCCCCCCCGCAGAGACUCUGCAGUGUGUGUGCGUCCUCUCCCAGUGUCCCCCCCGCAGAGACUCUGCAGUGUGUGUGCGUCCUCUCCCGGUGACGGUUCAUACAUCCGUCCUCCAGCUUCACCUCGUCUUUUAAAACAUGUCCGACUGUCCUCACUUCACAGGUCCACAGCUGCUGCUCCGUUCAGAUUUAGAGACAAAACGCCGGCGGCUCUGAUGUAAAUACGUUAAAGGGCCGAUGACUCAUCAGGUUGAGAACGGAUCAGAUUCAUAAGACGUAGAAAUCACGUUCACGAUGAGAUUUUGAUUAUCAGCCGUAAAAGUUUAACCAUGCGAGGUAGAAUCACCACAAGCUACGAGAUUAUGUUUAUGUUUAAGUUUAUGUUCUUUUCUUUCGAGAUCAAGUGCGUUUUAUAAAGAAAACGUGUUUUAUUCACAACGUCAGAGAAGCGCCACACUACCCACAAUCCUCGGGUGUAGUGGCGACGUCUCUGAUUGGUGUAGAUCACCGUUACCAUGAAAAAUGUUGACCACCAACGCAAAAUUUGUUGGCUGUGAUCGGAUUCAUCAGCGUUAAGUUACUACACUACAUGAAACACUACACACAAACAUGCAAGACACAAAGAACAACAUAAUACAACACUAAAUAACUAGGUCAUUGUUCAAUAUUUCUCUUCUCUGAUUGGUCGACCUGGUUCCAGAUUUCAAACUUUUUUAUAAAUGUGUUUUUAUAUAAAUGUCGAUGGAGAAAAUUAAUUGGAAAUUUACUUCAGGAACCAGAGCGGUUCUAAAAGUGGGCGUCACUGGAAGUCGCUCUAUCUCACUGGAGAGACCAGUGUUACAAACUGAGGGCACAGGGUUUAAAGGAUGCUGAGGUGUGAAGCAUUGUGGGAUAUGUAGUGUUUUUGGAGCUUUUACUUGGUCCCUUGUGGGUUUUAUGAAGGUGCAAAGCAGCUGGAGUGACCCUUUCAUGGAGGUGCACAGUAGAACUCAGAGUUUGAAGGUUUGGGUUCAUGCUCAGUGAAAUGAGUCCGUCAUCGUUCAUCAGUGUUUCUGCUCGAGUCGAAUGAGACAACGACCUGAAGCUCAGAGUGAAAGUGACUGAAGUGAUACAAGCCUUCGUCUCCUGUGUCACGUGACUGAAACACAAUCUGGUGUGACUGAGGAACAGGGACGAGAAGAUUCACCACCACAGGUGAAAGGACAUAUUUUCUACACUUAUGUGAAAAUGCCAAAAAGUUAAAUAAGAGUAGAAAACAAAACAGGGUUGGAUGCUUGAGGCUAAAAGCGUCUUCUUUGGGUGUUUGUGCCGACGCCCACAAACCCAAACCUCUGUUCAGAUCCCACACUGACGACGUGGCAGCAGCAGCAGAAGAAGAAGUCGCCGGUCGGAUCCGCCUCUAGAUGUAAAUCAGCCGCUAGUACAGAAAAUGUCAACGAGCCCGUGACGCCUCGGUCACGAGUUCAACCGCUUGCAUGAAACUGCAUUUAUCGUCAUGUGGUUUUGGUCUACGGACUCUUUUUUGUGAGAAAUCUGUGUUUUGAUUGUUGGAUUUUUUAAAGAGUUUUUUCAUGAACUUUUAGUGUUUAACUUAAAGCUGUUGCCUUGGUAACGCGCUGUAUUACUGAUGCUGAGCUUCUUCAGCAUCGUCCUGGUUCAAGAGAAGCUCUGAAACGUCACUGCACUUUCAAAGAAAGAUAUUUAAUGAUCUGUUUGGGAAAAACGUGUUUCUGACCAUUUGAGAAAUCUCUCUGUCAUUUCUCAACCUGGGUCUUAUGCUUAUUAAUGAGGGUAAAUUAAUGGUACUUACAGAAACAUGUGCAGUAGAUCUUCUCCGCCAGCAGGAACGACUCUGUGGCUUCCAUGUAAUCCAAUGGGGCAACUGCGACAGUCCAAGAAAAGGCUCAAAUUAGGGACGAGUAUCGAAGGCAGACGCUUCAUCUCCAUGGUCCAUGAUCAGAAGAAGACCUCUGGAGGCUCGAGAGUGAGACGUCUUGUUGUGUGAACUUUUAAAUUAAUAUUUCCUCGACUGUCACAGUUGCCCCAUUCGAUUAGACUGUACUGUCUCCGUGUCACAGCUGCCGGAUGAGACGAUCUACUGGAUCAAAUUAAAACGUUUCAGUGAGAACCAAUACUUUCCUCCAUAAACACAGGGGCCAGGGUAGAAAAUACUGGAGAGUUUUUCUUUCUCUAAUGAGCUGCAGUAUCUUUGUCGCUCUGUAGGUGUCGCUCUACUCACAUUUAAAACAAGCACACUGAGGUGGACGUCACUUUUGAAGGGUGACUUUAUUCUCGUUCCAAAGAUGAAGUAAUCGACUUCUCUCCGAGUUCAUUUAUCUGUUAGCGAAGGCUGCGUUAGCUUCGCAGCCGAUGUCACAGCAGAUGUUUCCUUUGGUCCAAGUCGACCACGAAAUCCCUGAAAACGUUCGACUCUACUUUGUGUCUCAAAAGUGCCUUUAAGCACAAAACACGUAUUUUAAGCUUCUUUUGAUGAUUUGUUAAAAAACGAAACUGCAAAGUGACGAAAAGGGUUCGACAAAGUGCUUUUAUGAUGCUUAAGACUAAAUCAGUGUUUAUAACCCGGAGGCCUUCGAAGUACUUUAACAUGUCUGUGUCGACGACGAGCGGAAAACUAUUUGUAAUUAAACUACUACUGAACAUUUACUCAUCGUUGUACAAUAGAUCACGUGAUAAAAACCUUUUACUUUUAUUCUUCAACAGAUUCAUCUGUUUGCUCUUCAGCAGAAAAGUGGAAAUGUCUGAACUGGAAAAUAAAUCUCCUGUAGAUUUCACAAAAUGUCUUGUUUCUCCAAAGACAGAAAUAAUUUAACUGAAACUGCAAAACUACAAAACAUAAAUUGUCAUUUCCUUCAUAAAUACACACAAGUUGUUGUAAUAAUAGAGAAGCACAUCUCCUCAGUUCAGUUAAAUUCACACAAUACAUUUUGUUCGCAUUUAAAAAGACGUCUUGAAAAACUCUUCAAACUGACUGAAUCACUUAAAAUAACAAUUUUAAUAAAUUAUUAUAUUGAGCGAUUAGUUGUUACUCUUAUUUAUACUUUUUAAACAUGUCAGUUACAGUAAAAUCAAAGUUUAACAAAUUGAAAGACUUCUCCCAUCGUCUGUAAAUGUUUUUCAGUUAAAUCAACCUUGGAUGAAAAAUUGUUUCUGAAAACAAAACAUUUCCAGACAUUGAAAUAUCGUCACUGAUUUUCUGAGGGAGAAAUGUUUAACGAUCUUUAUUAUUUGUCACGUUGACCCACUGACGUCUUUUGACCUGCGAACAUAAAUGUGUUUCCUGUCGAGCCCGGAGAGAGAGGAGAGUCGAGGGCCGACCAGAACCUGUGUCGUCCUGUUGUUCUGCGGUGUCUCUGUCUUCAGUCCCACCUGCAAUAAUAACAGUGCAGGUCCUAACAGCGGCCAUAAGGGGGCCCUGUCCCAUCUGCUGAUGAUGGGGGGGGGGGGGGG